AUGGCCGACAGCUUGGGGAAGAAAGAGCGCAGAAAAAGCCUGAGCGUGUUUAGCCCGUCGUCGACGACCUCAAUUCUGUCCGGUUCCGCGAUUACCCACGAUCGAUCGCCCUCAGAUGAUGUCAACGUUCUCAAGAAGAAGAACCGACGAAAUUCCGGGUUUUUUGGUGUCCGGAACACCAGCCCAGCAAGAGCUCCGGGCAACAAUGCUCAGCAUUGGCCCAGCACGGUCGAAUCGGAAUCAACGGCAGCCUGCAUAGCGUCGACACAUACAAUAAUAGUCCCGGAGACCACUCGUUCCCGACGUAAAUCCCUGCAGAAAAGGCGCACGUCUGUCUUUGGUUCCUUACGAUCGCUUCAUUCACUGGAUGACGAUGAAAAGUCUCUCGGGCGCGUAAAAGGUUCGCCCGUUGACGAUGAAGACGCCUUUGCGUCUCGAAAUGGAAUCGGUUCGGUUAUUCUGCAUCAUGGGGCGAUCCAGACGACAGGGGGCAUGUGGAGGAAGAAAAGUCAGUACCUGGUCCUCACGGAUACGCAUCUCGUUCGGUUCAAGAGUCAGAGCAAAGCUGCGGAGAUGUUCUCCUCAAUCCCUGCGUCCUAUACGCGGUCCCCGGCAAUGAAUCGCCAAUCAAUCGCCUCAAUUAACUCGUUGCAAGAACCCCAGCUUGCUGCUCCCAACGAUGCCUCUACGGGAAUCCCUCUGAAUAGCAUCAUCGCAGUCUACUUGUUGGACGACGGGAGACCUUCCUCAAUGGUCGAAGUUGCCUAUCUGGACGAGCGGCUGCACAAGGCUGCUUUCAUCCAGAUGCAAACGCCAGACGUCCAGGAACUUAACCUGUGGAUGAUAGGAAUUCGUUCAGCAGCGGAAAUGACCCGUAAUGCGGAUCCUCUACCCUUCGACCAGAAGUCGAUCGAGUGCGUGGCCCGGAUGCUCGAAUACGAGAGAGAUUACGACCCUGAAACGUUUCGUGUGUUUCGGGUCAUCCAGAUGGCCUCCAGUAGCAAGUCUACCACACGGGCCUCAUCGGAUGACCUCACCAAGCUUUCCCCCACCGGGUGCUAUCUCGCCUUGGGUUCGCAUAAACUUCACUUAAUACCUUUACACAAAAUCUCCAGUCGCUCUUCCGUUGUUUCGAUGUCCGAUCUGGAAACCGCAACAUCUUUCGGCUUGAUGAAUCUGACCAGUUUAUCAAUGGAAUGGGGCGACGAUAGCCUCCAUCUGACGUUUCGGCUUCCGCUUCGCAAACAAUUCUCGGUCUUCCUAGCUUCGGUACAUUCGCUCGAGGUUGCUUUCUGGAUAAGGCAACAGACGGAGUUUUUGCGUCCGUUGUGGCUCCGGCAGCCAUACGAUUUUAUCGUGCCUCGCGAUUUGAACCAUGAGAGCAAUUACCCUCCUGUCAGCUUGGACGAAGACUACGGUUGCUUUGAUCGGACGCUGGUCGCCUAUUCCGCCAGUUAUGAUAUCGACACCUCUAACAUUCGCUAUACGAUUGACAUGCAAUGUGACAAUGCGCCCUGCUUCAGACUUUUGCCGCCCGCUUCCCCCCAGCGCCAGAAAUACACGGCGUUAGAGCUCAUUGCCGUCUUACGAGCUCUUCGGUACAACGAGUCUUUCUGCUCUAUCUCAUUUAGCAGGGUCAGCUUGGAUGCGCUCCAGAGUGUUCGUGAUUUCCAUGGAGUGGACAAAGACGCUCUCCUCACUCGCUCCGGCUCUCCCAUUCACAUUCCCGGCCAAGAGAAUUUAUCAAUGUUGUCGCAAGAGAUUCGGGCGUUGGCCCUGAAAAGCACGUACCUCAAACGGCUUGACUUUUCCUACACGUUGAGUCGCACGCCCAGGUCUGAUAGUGAGAGUCACGAUCCAGGAUGUGGAAUUCCUGAAGCCCUUUUCCCCAUCUGCCGCCGGGAGCUCACGAGCGUCGACUGUGUUGCGCUCAAUGGAAUCAGGCUGGGAGAUUCAGAUCUCGACUACUUAGUCGACGCUGCCUCGCAGAAAGGGAGUCAUUUACGUGCAUUGGAAGUAGGACACUGCGGCCUGACCGUUCACGACAUUGAUCUUCUUCUUUCGACACUCGUUACUCAAGCCUCUACGCUAGAGGCCAUCGACCUUUCUGGUAUACAGGGCCGUUUGGGACCCAACUUACUCCAACAGUACCUCGGGCACUUUGGCAAUCUGAAAAAAUUUGAUCUCUCACGCAUCUCCCGAACUUCGGGCCCGGAACCGCUGAUCAGCCCAGAGACUCUGUUCAGAUGGCGGCUGCAGGAGCUUUCUCUGAGUGGAACUGCAGUGAACAGAGAGACUGUCGAUGCGAUAGCUACUUAUCUGGCCAGCGAUCAAUCUCGCGACCUACGUGUACUUCGGCUUGACCAGUGUGGAUUGACAGGGCAGGAUGUUGCCAUUUUUCUGCACUCAGUAGCUAUGGUUGGUGCGCCUAGGGAUCUGCAUCUUUAUGUCAGUGAAAACCGCCUAGACCUUGGUUGUUCGUAUCUUUUCGACGCCAUAUCCCAAAACAAGACACCGUCGCAUCUUUCAAUGAGGAUGAUUGACUUUAAGAGGGAAGAGCAAUUUCAGGAACUCGUGGAAGCUCUCAGAAUAAACCGGACCCUGAAAUAUCUCGACAUCUCCAAAGCCUCACUGCCGUAUGACGCCGGCCCGGAGACGUGCAGAUCGCUCCAAUUGAUGUUCGAGGAGAACAACACAUUGGAAGACCUCGAUAUCAGCGGAGAGAGUGCACACUUGGAUGUGGCACGGUUUGGUAUUGGGCUCAACCUGGCCUUGACCGGCUUGAAAAAGAAUAAGUCCCUCAAGGUCUUGAAGAUAGAGCACCAGAAACUUGGAUUUCAAGGCGCGAGCACUUUGGCCUCCGUGCUGGAGGAGAACACCUGCCUGCGGGAAGUCCACUGUGAGAACAACGACAUCAAUUUGCAAUCGUUCACUGUCCUGGUCAACGGACUCCAGCGAAACAGGACAACCUUGAAUCUCUCUACCAUGGACCGCGACCGGGUUCAGUCCCUCGAUAAAUUCCGGCGGGAGAUUGAGAACGUGAAGCGUGAUCUGAGCCACGCGCAGAGCUCCACUUCGAGCUCUAUUCGCCGCUCGAUCCACGCUGCCAUCCAUGUCAAGAAUACGACGGUUGGGAAUAAGCUGUCCAAGCAUUCCUCAGCGGCAAACCCUACUCAUUCUAUGACCUCGCCAUCUUUGGGCUCAGCGUCGACCACCGCCGUGCAAGCUUCCCAUGCAAUGGAUCACGAUGUCGAGAUUAUUCUGCGAUCUUUGAAUCAAAAAUGGGACUCGGAGGUUGCGCGUCUGCGUCGCUAUCUCUUUCGGAACUACAACGUGGCCAAUGGAAUCGACAAUGGCUACGACGAUGCCGCUAGUGAUGGCCGGCCGGCUACGGCGGCUAGCUUUGGGACGAUGCUGGAAAAUUUGAAACUGAGUGUUUCGGAACUUGGCAACGAGAAACCUACGAUAUCUCAGACCAGCUUGCAGGCAACACCACCACCUGAAGCGAAGGUCGACCCUCCAACGCCAUCAACUGCCAGUGCAGAAAGCAAGAGCAGCCAUCUGGACAUCUUCAAGAGCCUCGACGCGGAUAGUGGCUUUCGAGCCGAACUGGGCGAUCGACCACAGACAGCUGGUGUCGUGCUACCGCACCACGGGUUUGCAGGCUUGCCACCAGAGUACUCUACCUCUGAUGCACCCUCGGCGCGCUUGGCAGUGCCGGUUCCCGCAAUCCCAUCAGUUACAGUCAAACCUAACAGCGUCCGAAGCGCCCGCAGCUCGAGCUCCGUGUCCACGAGCGCGGGUACUACAGUGAGUUCACGUAGUGCGUACGGCACAGCUUCCUCCACCCUGAGGGGCUUCCUCAGCAAAGGCAUAUCGAAAGAUCGGCGCGGUCUUGAUAAAUUGAAACCUGGGCCUCUUUGUGUCUCUAGUGAUGUACCUCCCCAGCUGGAUUGGACACCACCUCAACUAGAACUACGCGGGUUUCGAUAG